GAAUUAAGAUUAAGAUAUACAGUAUUUUACAACUAAGAAAGAACAAAAUAAAGUGCCAAUGCAACAGCGCGCGGCGGAAGACUCCUCCUCCUUCACUCCGAACCCUUCUUCUCCUCACCAAAAUUUUGGCCAACCAAACCACCGCAAGCCCGCACGUAGGAACCGAGGUCCACAACAGCACCACCACCACCAGACUUGCAAUACCGUGUCGUCAGCAUGCCCGAACCGGCUCCUUCUUCUUCCAAUUCUCACUCCGUGGAGGACAAUGUAAACGUUGAAGCCACUGGCACGCCGCAAAAUCGCCAUAACAAGGACGGUGCCGGUGCCUCCGAGAUCAACACCGUUGACGGCUCCGAUCGCGUGGCUAGUUCAAGCAAGGCCGAGGAAGGAGACGGUGAUGAUAAUGAUGAUUAUAUUCAAGCCAGGGUUGAUAAGUUGCUCUGUAAAAUCGAGGAACCUGAAUUGUCCGAGGAACAGAUCAGAAUCAAUGAUCAAUCGCAGCAAGAUGAGAUACUUGUGGUGGAGUCAAUUUAUGGAGAAAACGUUUUCAGCCUUGAGAGGUGGAAAGGCCUGCGUUGUUUUCAGAUACAUAUAAAUGUUGAUGUUUUGGGUGAAAUUGCCAUUACUGCUAACCUAAACUCUAUCAAUCAACUUGAGACUCUAAGCAGCAAUUCAGAUGAGUUCUUGUACACUUUCAAAGUUCAAUAUCUACCACCAAUUGUUUUGACGUGUUUAUUACCUAAGUCGUACCCAAGCGACCAACCACCUAUUUUUACACUCUCUGUUAAGUGGUUGGAACCUGUGAAGAUUCUGAAUCUGUGCUACAAGUUGGAUUCAAUAUGGGAAGAACAACAGGGUCAGGAAGUGAUUUACCCUUGGGUAGAAUGGUUACAUAGUUCUUCUCUUUCUCAUCUGGGAUUUGAUGAGGAAAUCAUACUUGGGCCUUAUGGCAUGAAUUAUGUCCAGGAUGAGCGUGUUAUUUCAGGAGCUGAAUGCAUUGAUGUUGAUAUUCCUUUUUUACGAAGUUACAACGAUGAGAGACACAAUGAGAACUUCCUCAAAGAAUUGCAUGAUUGUAACAUUUGCUUUAGUGAAUAUGCAGGCUCUCAGUUCAUCCGGUUACCAUGUGAGCAUUUUUUUUGCCUCAAAUGCUUGCAGACCUUUGCCCAGAUACAUGUAAAGGAAGGCACUGUUAGUAAUCUUAAAUGUCCUGAAGCAAAAUGUGCAAUUAUGAUUCCUCCUGGCCUUUUAAAACAAUUGCUGGAUGACACAGAUUAUGAGCGCUGGGAAUCCAUGAUGUUGGAAAAAACACUUGCAUCAAUGUCUGAUGUUGUUUAUUGUCCAAGGUGUGAAACACCCUGCAUAGAGGAUGAAGACCAGCAUGCUCAAUGCCCAAAAUGUUACUUUAGCUUUUGUACCCUUUGCAGGGAACGACGCCAUGUUGGCAUAGCAUGCAUGAGUCUAGAUAUGAAGCUUCAGAUUUUGCAGGACCGUCAAAAUUUGUCUCAAUUAAAGGAAGAUCAAAAGCGAAGGGAACGUGAAAAGAUCAAUGAAAUGCUCAAUAUGAAAGAAAUUCAUCGUGAUUCCAAGCUGUGCCCUUCUUGUGACAUGGCAAUUUCUCGAACUGAAGGUUGUAACAAAAUGAAAUGUGGUAACUGUGAACAAUACUUCUGUUACCGCUGCAACAAAGCAAUUGAUGCAUCAGAUCCAUAUGGACAUUUCAGGGAUGGUUCAUGUGAAUUGUUCCCACGAGAAAUGGUUGAUUCCUGGGAAGAGCGCAUUAAUCAUCGCCAGGCGGUAGGACAACUACAGGCUGAGCUCUUUCCUCAACAUGGCUUGGCGUGUCCUAGUUGUCGUCAAUAUAAUCCAAAGAUUGGAAAUAAUAAUCACUUGUUUUGCUGGGCAUGCCAACGCCAUUACUGCUACUUAUGCAAAGCGAUUGUCAGGCGUGGCACUAAGCAUUAUGGACCAAAGGGCUGCAAACAGCACUCUGAGGGAUAGUAUAAGCACAAUCCCUUAGAAUGUUACAGGUUCAAUACGUUCUUCCAGACUGGUGAAGCCACUGUGAUCAAAUGCAAAGGUGGAAACCAUCUGCUAAAAGUUCAGUGAGUUUCAAUUGUAUUUUGUAACAAAAUAAAAUCAAUAUGAAUAGGAUGUGUUUCAAUUACAUUUGGAUUUCGGAAGAGGUAGUGUAAAAGGGUUAAUUAUAUGGCUGUAAUGGGAGUAAAGCCGAGUCAUUUUUUUUUAAAAAAUAUUCUCUACCUCAUUUUUAUUGUUUUUCCGAUACGUCGUCUAUAACAUUAUUGAUUUUCCAA